UGCGUUUUUUGUGCCGAAACACGAAAACCAUCGCAGGGAAGAAGCAUCGCAGAAUCUAUUACGAGUACUUUGCGCGAGACCGAUAAGAUCAAUGAAUGGCGUCGAAUGCGGCGCUUGGAAAGCUGAUUUUGGCGGCAACAUUCAGCUUGUUUUUCUACUACGUCUUCUGGAUUGCUGUGCUGCCGUUUAUGGUGAUUGAUGCAAGCGAAGAAAGUUGGAUCUACGCGCUGUUUCCACCGAUGAAAUUUGCCUUUAUCGUUCCGGCUGUCUUCGGCGUGGUGCUGGUCGGCGGGCUGUCGUUAUUUUCCGUUUAUCAUUUGCGCGAGCACCUGCAAUUUGUUCGCUAAACUUC